AUGGAUGGUAGUAGUAUUGGUAAUCCAGGUUCCUGUGGCAUUGGCAGGGUUAUUCGUGAUGAUUUAGGUAGGCUUGUCCAGGCUUAUGCAUCUCAUGUUGGUUAUGGUUCUAAUAACAAAGUGGAGCUCAUGGCACUCCUUCAUGGGUUGAGAAUUUGUAAAUCGUUGAACAUCUCAAAUGUGAUAGUUGAAAUGGAUUCUAUGGUGGUUAUCUCUUGGUGGCUCAGAGGGAGAUGUGGUGUGUGGUACCUUGAGGAUUUUUGGGAGGAAAUUAUUGGUUUAACCUGCACAAUUCAUUGUUGUUUCCAACAUGUUUUUCGUGAAGGUAAUAGGGUGGCAGAUUGGUUAGCAAAGGAAGAGGCUUCAGGUAUUGAUUUUGAUUUUUCUAAUAAUUCUAUUAUGCCUCGAGUUCUUCAAGGCCUGAUUCGUUUGGAUUCUCUGGGCCUUCCCUCUUUGCGAGGUUAG